CCUUUGGCACCGACACUGACAUCUUAGGCAUUGGCAUCCAAAGGUAGAUAUGGAUGUUUAGGCAACGACUUAUCGAUCUAUAAGCAUAAUUUCUAUACUCUCAGCUCUGGUUUUCUCUUAGAAAUCAUCAUUCACCAAAACCAAUCAUUGCCGAUCCAGAUUGUUCCUAUGCAUGGAGGCGGUUGUGGUUAGCGAGCUUGGUGUGCCUAUUGAGGCAUUUCAAAGGGAGAAUAGUAUGGAAGAACUUCUGGGUGGCAUAACAUAUAAGUCUCGAUUUUUUUUCCAGGGUUGUAGGAAUUGGAUGAGAUGAAGAAACGGUUGAUGGAGAUGGAAGAAGAAGUAGCUGCUCUUCGUGAGAUGCAGGUUAAAGUUGAAAGGGGCCACCGGCAGAACCACCUAUGUUCUUAUCCGUCCCAGUUCAAUCAGUCCUUCCAAGGCCAAACUCAUCGAAGCUUUCCGAGACGAAGGAGCCAUCAUCCUACACGGUACCAUGGAUGACCGUGAUUUAAUGGAGAAGAUAUUAAAAGAUCACAAAAUUGAUGUGGUGAUAUCAGCUAUAGGAGGGAAGUGCAUCUAAGGCCAGCUCACCCUCAUUGAUGCCAUUAGCUUCGUCAGAACUGCUAAGAGAUUUUUGCCAUAUGAGUUCGGGCAUGACGUAGAUAAGCUGUUAACAGUGAAUAAGCGAGACAAAUCGGAGCUCCUUCAGUUUUCUUUUAAGGGAUCACCUUCCUCUUCUUUGCAAGUCCAGCCUGCAAGAAGAAGUUCAAGAGUAGGACCAACAACAUCGGGCAAACGUCUCUUAUCGUGUCAGCAUCUCAAUACCCACCAAGCACCUCAUUGUGCUCAUCACCUUCUGGAUCUUCAGUUCAUUUCCUUUCUCUUUGUUUGUUCUAAUUGGAAAAGGAGAUACCAUUGUCGAGGCAUCCUCUCCGCUUGGUCACGCCCGUCACUCACCUUGGAAGCAUCUGGGUGCACUUGGUGAGGCGUUUCGAAGGGGCAAACGGGGUUAAAUGAACCAGGAAACAUGGCCCGGUGAUGAGUUAAUCGGUUCAACCACCCGAUUCAACUGAGGUUGGAAAACGUUGACGACAAGAGCUCGUUGUCCAUUCUGAAGCAGUCUUCGAAGGUGUCGCGAUUUCAGGUGAACCCGCAGGACUGUUAUGCGAGUUCGAUCCGGAGUACCGUAGAAUCCUUGACGUUAUCUGUAAUUCCAAUGUACUGAUUACUGAACUCAUCAAAUUUCUACUCCCACAUGGUAGCUCUCACUAUGCUAUACAGAAAAUGCAGGAUUUCUCUGAAUCUGAAAAGGUCUGCGUUUCUGCAAAAAAUGCUGAAGCGUCUAUUGCCGCCGUGGAGAAGAUAGGGUUCAAAAUCGGGCAAAGAGUUCACAGCGUCGGUGAUUAUCGGAGAAUUGGGAUGGUGAUGUACAUCGGACCCGUUGAAGGCUAUUCGGGGAUCUGGGUCGGUGUUGAUUGGGAUAAUGGAGAAGGAAAACACGAUGGGUCCAUUAAUGGAGUUCGGUAUUUCCAGGCGAAAGGCGAGAAAUCGGCUUCCUUCGUCCGGCCCCAGAACUUGAGCGGAGGUAUCUCAUUUGUAGAGGCACUUGAACUCCGAUACCGAGGCAAUUCCACCAAGGAAGAGGAGGAUGAAAUGUAUGUACUUUCAGAAAGAAACAAGCGAGUAGCUAUAGAACUUGUUGGAAAAAAUAAAGUUCAAGACAAGUUAAGUAGAUUUGAAGAAUUGAAAGGUGCAUCACUGUCUUAUUUAGGUGUUAGUUCAACUGGUCCCCCAGGUCAGAUCAGCGCCAUAGUUCCAAAUAUGAAGGAGCUUGAUUUGACUGGAAAUUUGCUUUCAGAAUGGAAAGAUGUCGGUUCCAUCUGUGAAGAAUUGCCAACACUAGAAGUUCUCAAUUUAACUAACAAUUCUAUGAUGCAUGAUAUUAAUGGGCUUCCAAUGCUGAAAAGUAUCCAUAUUUUGGUUCUGAACAAUUGUGGUAUAACAUGGGCACAGGUUGAGAUACUUAAACAAUCACUCCCUGCAAUUGAGGAGCUUCAUUUAAUGGGAAAUAAAUUGAGGACAUUAAUGCCUGCAUCUUCUAAUUAUGUUCAAGGGUUCAACUCCUUGCGUCUUUUAAAUUUGGAAGAUAAUUUUAUUGAUACAUGGGAUGAAAUUCUAAAGCUUUCUCGACUAAAAAGAUUGGAGCAGCUUCAUUUGAACAAGAACAACUUGAAAAACAUCUUUUAUCCUGAUUAUGAUCCAAGGCAAGAUUUGCAGGAUGGUAAUGAAGCAUUGGAGAAGUGCUAUAAGCCCUUUGAGAAUUUGCAGUGUCUUCUUCUAGGAGGUAACAUGAUUGAAAAUCUGUCCUCGGUGGAUUCUUUGAAUUCCUUCCCCAAUUUGAUGGACAUAAGGCUUUCUGACAAUCCAAUAGCCGAUCCAGGAAAAGGUGGUAUCCCAAGAUUUUUUCUAAUAGCUCGUUUAGCAAGAGUUCAGAUACUAAAUGGGAGUGAGGUAAGCCCUCGUGAGAGGAAGGAGUCUGAGAUCAGGUAUGUUCGCUUUGUUAUGACUAAGAUGGAAGGGAAUAUAGAAGAGAUUAAGAGGCUGCAUCCAAGAUUUGCAGAGCUCAAAGAACUACAUGGAAUUGAAGAUGAGAAGCCAUUGGCUGCUGCUGGAGGCCCCCAAAAAAUGGCUUCUGGGCUUCUCUCUGUCACUCUGAAGUGUGUCGGAGCAUCUAUUGGAGAAAAGCAAUCUCUUUCAAAGAAAUUACCUGCCACCACAACGGUUGGGAGGCUAAAGGUUCUGUGUGAGAGCUUCUUUCAUUUGAAGUCCAUCAAGAUGAAAUUGUUUCUUCAAGAAGAGGGUUCCCCCUUGCCACUGUUGCUUGAUGAUGAAAUGGCUUCACUGAUGGACUUUGGAGUUGGCAGUGAAGCAACAAUUCUGGUGGACGAAGAGAGUUAAUCACUUGAAUCUGGAUUAUUUGUUUUGUGUAUGCUUACGUGGAAGUGAUUGGCUUGGGUGUUUUCUGGUUGUAGAUUCUGUUACAGUUCAGGUUAUGGCUAUCACUCAACUCUAGAUACCUAGGGAUGGGUUUAUAGGCCAUUCAUGUUUUUAAAGGGCCAUUGGUUGGUGUAAUAGUUAUACCUUGGGCAGACAAGCAUGAAAACAUGAGCUCAGAGCGACGACUUUGUGCAAAAACUGCCAAAGGUGAGGUAAUGUCCAGUCAAGACCCUGGAUGGGGCCAACAUCAUAUAAUGGCCCUUCACAUGAUUCAUGUAUUUGAUGGAUACUUAGAAAAUGCAUUGGAGUAGAUUUCACUUUGAGAAUAUAAUUUUGCUGUGCUGAUGGAUGAGACUCUGCAGAAGAGUGUGCAAACUAUGCAUUCAAUUUAUAUCCAUUGGGUUUCCUUGA